AUGAACAUGUUCACACGUUCUGACGAUGGGGCGGAGGAGUUUAGACUCUACCAUUACGACCCAACUGUGGUCGGUGCUGUUAUUUUCACCAUCCUCUUUCUAGCCACGACUCUCCUUCAUUCAUGGCAACUUGUUCGAGGACGAUCUUGGUUUGUCAUCCCGUUAACUCUUGGUGGUUUCUUUCAAGUUGUUGGAUACGCCGCGCGAGCAAAAUCUGGUAACGAGAGUCCCAAUUGGACCCUCGGCCCCUAUAUCAUGCAAAGCAUUCUCCUUCUCGUGUCCCCUGCGCUUUUUGCUGCAACGAUCUACAUGGAGCUUGGUAGAAUUGUUCUGAUGAUAGACGGCGAAGGCCGCGUUUUGAUCUCCAAGAAGUGGAUGACCAAGAUCUUUGUGACUGGAGAUGUCUUAUCAUUCAUCCUGCAGGCAGGAGGUGGUGGUUAUCAGGCGUCCGGUACCAUCGAGGCUCUCAGAGCCGGAGCAAAAGUGAUUAUCGGUGGUCUCUUCGUCCAACUCCUCUUCUUCGGCGUCUUCAUUGUUAUUGCCAUCGCCUUCCAUCGUGCGAUCAGUGCCAACCCGACUGCCCGGUCUUCAAGUGGGCUCCCUUGGCAGAAACACAUGCUUGCUCUGUACAUCGGAAGUUUACUUAUCAUGGUACGAUCGAUCUUCAGGGCUGUCGAGUAUCUGCAGGGCUUCGACGGUUACUUGCUCCGACACGAGGCCUACUUGUAUAUUUUUGAUGCCUGUCUCAUGUUCUUUGUUAUGGUUCUGUUCAACUGGUUCCAUCCAUCUGAAAUCACUGAGAUCUUGAGCGGCAGGGGCGCUGGUAAAAGCUACAGUAUGCAUGCGUUUACCGAGGUUUAG